AUGCAGGCACCUGGCCCGUCACGCAUGCAGCGCCGCUCCCCAGGCGCCACCGAACCUGGCCCUCCUCCGAAUGUCCCCGUUCGUCCCAUCUCGCCCGGCGUCGGCAUGAACCCCCAGAUGCGGUCGUCGACCGCCUCGAGCCGGUCUGCGCAGUCUAGCAGCUCGCGCAGAGGAAAGGACUCGACGGGGUCUGCGAACAUGCCCCUCUCCCAGAUCGAGAAGAGCGUCACCCAUCUCCUUGUCGCGACCAAACAGCUGCUCGAAACCCUGACACAAUGGUCUCGAGGCCAGGCGACCGACGGCCAAGUGUCCGAUGUAUAUGUUAGGCUGGGAUACGAGUUCAACAUGGCCUGUCGCGCGUUCAGCGCUAUCAACGUCGACACGUCUGACCUAGGCAAUGUUCCAGAACUUCUUCGAAACAUACUCGAGUCGACUCUGAGCCAGGAAGCGAGCACAGAAAGCCUCGAGAAAUACCUGCCAAGGAUACGAGACAUUAUUAUCAACUUGUUACACGGCCUCAAGAGGAAACAGCAGAAACUCAGGCAAAAACAGGCGCGGGACAGGGAAGCCGGCGCAUCAGGUUCUGCCCCCGAACGCACCGUCAGCACGAGCACCGUCGCCAGCGGCAAUACUGGCCUGACCAACCUGCUGGAGGAGGGCAUACAAAAUGGCUAUCGGCCGGAUUUGCAGUCGAAGGAUACGUCGGGCCAGCCUUCAAAUCCCAACCAAAACCCAAAUGCGUCGCCGAGCCGUCGUUUCCCGCCGCGCGACCAGUCUAGGACCUCACUCGUCUCGGACCAGUCUUCCAUGUCGAGCAACACGAUGCAGAAUAUGCCAGUCAUGCCACCGUACCCCGGCGACGAGACGGCCAUGCCCGCUGGCCCACCCAACGCGGAUCUCAAUCUUGACGCCUUCCCGCCGCCGCCGCCGCCUCCAAAGCAGGCCAACAGCGCGCUGGCAGCUCUGCAAAAGGGUGGUGACCUCGAGAGGAGGGCGUCGCGGAGAUACUCGCACCGGAGCACCUCGAACCAGUCCGCACGCGGCGCAGGGUACGAACCCUCGCCUGUCAGAGCGCCUAGCCGCAUCGCCGAGGAGAUUUCCACAUCAAAUCUCCCGUCCAGGUCAGGUUUCGUCGACAGUCCGAUAGCAAAGACCCCGGAAGACAAGUACCCCAAGCCAAGCGCAACACUCAACGGACCAUUGGCGAGCGAUCUGCCGGACCUACCCCCGUACUCGCCUGAAAAGGAGAAGACUGAGCCGGUGCACACGUUGGUACUUGACAAGGAGCAGCCGCCCCUGCCCCAGGAAGUCAAGACACCCGAGAAGAAACGGGCCGAGAAUUUCCUCCAGGAGGCCUCGCCCCCCUUGACCAAGGACCUGACCCUCUUCCUCCAGUACAAGUCGAAGGUCAAGAAGUUCGUCCUGCCCGAGGGCUAUAGUGAUCUCUCGAUUGGGCGUCUGCAGCUGGCAUUCAUUGAGAAGUUUUCCUGGAACACACAUUCGAAUGGAGCAGAUCUACCCGAUAUCUAUAUCCAAGACCCUGUUUCCGGUGUGCGCCACGAGCUGGAGGAUCUGUCAGAUAUCAAGGACCGAACAGUCUUGGUGUUGAACAUUGAAGCCUUGGACGAAGUAAAGCGCCAUGUUGACGAAGGCAUUGGGUCACUGAAACAGAUCAUCCAGGACGUCAAGCAAGGCAUGAGUGACCAGAGCAUUGCGCUGCAAUUAGUCUCCGAGCGUCAACAGGAGACGGCCACCGAACUGGCCAGGCUGGCCGCCGCGCCUCCCACGAUUGUACAGACGGGCGAGGGCUCCAAGGCCACGGCCGUUGCCUCAGGUCGCAAGCUGAGUCCGGGCCACCUGACCGAGCUCCAAAUUUUGCGCCGUGACCUUGCCGUCAUGCGUCAGACGUACUCGAACUUCCAGUCGGAGAUUCAGGGCUCCAUGACCGCCAUUCGCUCCAAGGCGAGCAACGUCAAGGCGGCAACGAUCAACGCGUCCGUGCCCCAUAUCAACGGCGACGGCGGCUACACCUACGUCUCCAAGGGCCGCGAGCAGCUCAACCAGGACUCGGACAGGCUCGUUACCAAGGUGGACGACUUGCAAGACACAGUCGAGGACCUCCGCAAGGACGUCGUGCACCGCGGCGUGCGCCCCCUGCCCAGGCAGCUGGAGGGUGUGGCCAAGGACAUCACGCGCCUGACGAUGGAGCUCAAGAAGGUGGAGGAUUACAUGAAGCAGGAGAAACCCAUCUGGACCAAGAUUUGGGAGAAGGAGCUCGAGGAUGUCUGCAAGGGCCGCGACGAGCUGCGCCUUAUGGAGGAUCUCAUGGUCGAUCUGCAGGACGAUCUCGAGAAGGCCUCGGAAACGUUCGCCCUCGUCGAGGCCGCCACCAAGGAGCAGCUCAAGGACAACGGCACCGGCGCGUCGGCCGGCAACGCCCGCAACUUCUCCAAGGGCCUCAACAGCCUCGGCAACUCGCUCGACCAGAACGCCGCCAAGGAGGGCGUCCUCGGCGAGGUCCGCGCCCUCAUGCCCAACCACGAGGACCGCCUCGAGGCCAUUGAGCGUGCCGAGAAGCUGCGCCAGCGCGAGCUCGCCACGCGCAACACGAACAAGCUGCAGCAGGAGCUGACCAACUUUGUCGAGGAGGGUAGGCUCAAAAAGUCAGGCGGGUUCGAGGAAGUCGAGCGCGCGCGCACGGCCAAGGAUGAACGCAUCCGACGGGAGGUCUGGGAGCGGCAGAACGGCCUCAUCAUGGACGACUUUGGCGACGAGGAGUUUGACGAGGACGAAGAGUUUGAAGGAGAAGAAGGCGUCGAAGAGGCUGGGGACGAGCAGCUGCUGGAAGAUGUCAAUGGCGACGAGGCGGCCGUCGACACACCGCCUUCACCGCCGCCGGCCGAGGGACCGGCCCCGGUCGUUAACGGAAAUGUAUCAUAA